GCCUCUGCCUCCAUAUGUGGGGAUUUGAGUUAGUAAACAAGGAUAUAAAACACACAAGUCGCCUCUCUCGUCACUACUCCCCUGCGGCCCAAACUGGGCUUUUUGGGCCACAAUGUCUUCGGUCCACCGAGCUUUUACUCAAAAGCUAUCGAAACAAAAUGCUGCAGACGUACGUAGACAAGUGUCAAACACCUCUCCCUUCCAGAAAAAUGUGUCCAUAUCUAAAAGUAACAGUUCCGUGUCUGGAUUAUCAACUCUGAGCAUUGCUUCAAGCGAUUUUUUCGAUCCUAUUGAUUAUGAGGACUUCAUGCAGCAAAAUCACAUAAUGGUCAGUAGGGAUCCUCUGCGAGAUGUGCUCGAAUUUCCUGAGGGGGAUGUUGAAGUUGGAAUUGUUCCCAGAAAGAUCCGAACUGAGAUGCUCAUCGUCCCUGAAGAUCCCCCGGACAGUUGGAAUCCACAAGUGAGAGAUGUAGUCCGGUGCCACACUGCAAACUGGGUUGUUGUGAGCCAUAAGUACCGGCACCAUUCAAGUAGUUGCUGGGUGAGAGACAGGGCUGGUGAGAGGCUGGAAAUAGUCAAGACGCUUCCAAAACAGCAGUUUGAAAUCGAGCAGACGGGAAAAGAAGAGGAGCAGAUUUUUGGCGAGGAAAAAGAUGCGUCGAAUACUGCUGAAACACCUCGUGGCAGCUGGGCCAGUUUUGACUUGCGAAAUUCUGUCAGCGAUGCGCUGAUCACCGAAUUAUUGCAGAAAAAUCCGCCAGAGACCAUCGACAGCUUGAAUGAGAUCAGGAGACUUGAAGAUAGACAAAGUUCUUUGUUUCUGCUGUACCCUGCUCAAGAUGAGGAGGAAAUUGUUGAAAGAAGAAUUCCUGCAGAGAUUCCAAGCGAGCACCUUGGUCACAGGAUUUUGGUCAAGUGCUUGCAAUUAAAGCUUGAGCUGGAAGUUGAACCUAUUUUUGCAAGCAUGGCCCUUUACGAUGCCAAAGAGCGGAAGAAAGUGUCUGAGAAUUUCUACUUUGACCUGAACACAGAGAAUAUCAAGAAGAUGUUGAGUUCCUAUGUCACAUUCAGUGAUAUUAGCACUCAAAGUCGCAGUUGUAUUUUUGACAUCACCUAUCCCUCUGCGGACCUCUUCCUUGUCAUCAAGUUGGAAAAGGUGCUCCAGGGGGACAUCACUGAAUGCGCUGAACCCUACAUGAAGGAAGACAAAAACAGAGAAAAGCUGAAAGUGAAUGCUGUCACUUCCUGCGACCGCCUUGGAAAGUACAGAAUGCCGUUUGCAUGGACUGCAGUGUACAUGAUGAAUGUUUUCAAUGGAAGCAAUAGCUUAGAACGAGAUUCUGGAAGCGAUCGUGAGAGUGUCGGCUCCAACAGCCUAGACUUGUUAACUGCAGAUCGCAAGUCCAACAGCAGCUUUGAGCAGUUCAAGCGCAAAGCAAGCGACAUGAGCAAUUUGACUCGACGUGGAUCACUGGAGCGGCGUUGUGGCGAAAAGCGCCGCAGCUGGUCCCCUGAAGACUUGGGCACCAGCAUUGACACCUUCCGACCCAUCACACUCACCAUUUCCAACUUUUUCAAGCAGGAAGGUGACAAGCUGCGAGACGAGGAUCUGUUUAAGUUCCUCCAAGAUUUGAAACGUCCAACAGUCCUCAUGAAGAAACUUAAGUGCAUUCCGGCAUCUUUGAAACUGGACAUUGCUCCAUGUCCUGAAGAGUUCAAGUACUGCCUCACACCCGAGCUGGCUCGACUUCGUCCUUAUCCAGAUGAUAAAGGCCGGCCUACAAAGGAGGUCUUGGAGUUUGUACCUCGGGAGAUUUUUGUGCCCAACUAUCUCUAUCGGGAUUUACUGUUUGUAUAUCCCAAAGAUGUAAAUUUUGCCAGUCGCACAGUCAUGGCCGGAUCUGCAAGGAAUAUUGCAGUAAAAAUUCAACUGAUGAGCGGUGAAGACGAGGCUAGUGCAAUGCCGGUCCUCUUUGGUCGCUCCAGCUGCCCAGAGUUUGCAACAGAGCAAUAUACAUCAGUAACUUACCACAACAAGAACCCAGACUUUUAUGAUGAAUUUAAAAUAAAAACUCCCUGCAACCUGAGUAACAACCACCACCUUUUGUUUACCUUCUAUCAUAUCAGUUGCCAGAAGAAAUCUGAACAGCCAACAGUAGAAACUCCAAUAGGAUACACUUGGUUGCCGCUCCUCAAAGACAAUUGCUUGCAGACUGGCGAAUUUCUCCUUCCCAUCACGACUGAAAAGCCGCCUCCAAAUUAUUCUUACAUUUCUCCUGAUGUCACCCUUCCCAACAUGAAGUGGCUUGAUAACCACAAAGGCGUAUUUAGCUUAGUCUUGGGAGCUGAGUCCACUGUCCACACCCAGGACAGAUAUCUUAACCGCUUUUUGUACUUGAGCGAGCUGUGCGAGACAGGACGUGUGCCAAGAGCCAUAGGAGAGGCUAAUCUAGAGUCGGAAAUCAAGCUGAGCUUGAACGACAUAUCGCUCGCACAAUCUGAACACUUGGUGCGCUUCCUGCCGCUGAUUCUGGACAAGCUGGUACAACUGGUAAUUAAAUCUCCUGUGCUCGGAUCCAUCAAGAUGAAUCUGUCACGAGAGGCAUUUGAAGCGCUGACAAGCGUCGUCAAUUGCAUCACAAACCUGCAGGAAGGUCACAAAGACCAACAUGGAAGACAUAGUCUUCUCACAACCUACGUUAACUACCAAACUUCAGCAGCUUUUGGAGCAUCUGGUGUCAGUCUCUCUGGGUUUUCACCACCUCAAAGUCCAGGAUACAUGCCCAGACCUACUACUCUUAGCCCAACUAGGCACAACAGGAGCACAAGCCACCCUGAGUUGCAUGAAACAGACGAAGAAAUUGCUUUGAUCACAAAAGGAAUAGAUCGAACUGCCAGUAUGAGAUCUCCAGAUUUAAAUAAAGAAGCGGCUGAAUCAAUAUUAGUCAGCAGCAAAAGCAGAAAGCCUCUUCACGAGGAAAUCGUGCUUCAGUGGGUUGUCUCAAGUGGUCCUGCCAGGGAAAUGGCCCUGGCCAACUCCUGGUUCUUUUUUGAGCUGAUGAUCAAGAGCAUGGUAACUCACCUAGCCUCCCUUGAAAUGCUAGAGGCACCAAGAAGAGUGCGUUUCUCUGACCAGUUCUUGGAUGACAUUACUUCUCUCGUCACCAUGAUCACAUCAGAAAUUGUUGCUCGUUUCAUGAAAGACACCAAGAGCAUAACAAAUUUAAACGCUAGUUUGGCGUUUUUCCUGUUUGACUGCUUGUCUGUUGCUGACCGUGGAUUUGUAUUUGGCUUGAUCAAACAGUACUGCAAGCAAAUAACAAGGAAAAUGUUAAAUUUGCCAGAUGUAAUUGGUCUUAUCCAUUUGAAGUUGGAUUUGUUGAGGAUUGUGUGCAGUCAUGAACAUUUUGUCGCCCUAAACCUACCAUUUGGAACGCCGUUCGCACCAUGCUCUGGCCCAGCGUCUCCAAGCCCUUCUGUAUCCUCUUCCAACAGCCAGUCAUCCUUUCUCUCCACUUUAGUCGGCGGCGACAAAGCGACCUACGCAGACCUCUCGCUAGAAUUCUGCCAACAGCAUUUCUUGGUCGGACUCCUGCUUGGCGAGCUUCCUGUUGUUCUUGAAAAAAACAACCUCCAUCUUCACGCCAAAUGCGUGAACAUGAUAAGGAACCUGAUGACCUGUCACGACUGUGAUCCAAGGUACGCAGACCCUGAAUGCAAAUCGAGAGUAGCAGCCCUUUACCUUCCACUGCUUGGUAUUGUGAUGGACUGCCUUGGACAGCUGCACACUGGGCCGCAUGACAACUCUAAGGAUCCCAAAGGACCCUUUAAUGAAGAAGCAGAGAACCAACACGGCAUCAGUCAAAACAUAGCCAUGGCCAUCGCUGGAACCUAUCACAACUUCCAGCAGUCAUCCACCAAAACCAUUCUGAGCUACGAGACGACGCGAAACCUCCUCACCUGCUUUUUGUGGGUGGUAAAAAACGUGAACACGUCAUGCCUCAAACAGUGGUGGGCUGAGCUACCGAAUGCUAGAUUGAGACAGUUGCUGGAGGUUCUUUACAUUAGCAUAUCUUGCUUUGAGUACAAGGGCAAGAAAGUGAUCAAGAAGAAGUCUCAGCCUAGUUUCAGAAAAACUUCAGAACUCAAGUCAAAGUUGGAGGAUGUAAUUUUGGGAAAAGAGUCAGCAAGAAGCGAGAUGAUGAAGAGAAAAGAGAAAAAUCCUCAAGCGGGAGGGACAGGCGAGAGGCUACGUUGGCGUAAAGAAGUGUUGACGUGGAAAUCAAGUAACACAGAAGCUAAUGAGCGUCCAAAAGCAGAAAUUGAAAUGGAUGCACACAUCGAGGGAAACUUUAGCACAGAAAUUGGAUUGGUCAUUCUCGACACUUUAGAGAACAUCAUACAGGUUGCCUCGCAUUCCGAUAAUCUCCAGAGCCUUCUAGGCGUAGUUCUACGGGUAGUCUUACACUUUAUGUCCAAAAACCAAAGCACAACUUUGCUGAAGAAUAUAUUUGCCACACAAAGAUCUCUCAUCUUCAAAUUCCCGAAUCUGCUCUUUGACGAGGAAACCGAGCAGUGCAGUGAUCUCUGCUCUCACCUGCUGAAACACUGUAGCUCCAACAUAAGUACAGUCCGUUCACAGGCAGCAGCCUCACUUUACCUGCUUAUGAGACAGAAUUUUGAGAUUGGCAAUAACUUGGCUAGGGUGAAAAUGCAGGUGACUAUGUCGCUCAGCUCAUUAGUCGGAACCGACUCCAGCUUCAAUGAAGAGUCGCUGAGACGCUCCCUGAAAACGGUUCUUGUGUAUGCUGAAGAGGACAAUGAAAUGCAGGACACUUCAUUUCCUGAGCAAGUCAAGGAUCUGAUAUUCAACCUUCACAUGAUUCUCUCAGACACGGUGAAGAUGAAGGAAUUCCAAGAAGACCCUGAGAUGUUGAUCGACCUGAUGUACCGCAUCGCAAAAGGUUACCGCAACUCACCAGACUUACGACUCACCUGGCUCAACAAUAUGGCCAAAAAGCACCUCGAGAGAGGCAACCCCACUGAGGCUGCCAUGUGCUUGGUCAGCAGCGCCGCCCUGGUUUCCGAGUACCUGCACAUGCUCGAGGACCAGCCCCAAUUGCCGAUUGGAGCUGUCGCUUUCCAGAAAGUGACUCCAAACGCGCUUCUUGAAAGUGCAGUUUCAGACGACGUCGUCAGUCCUGAUGAAGACGGCGUUUGCCUUGGAAAAGACUUCACAGAACAAGGCCUGAUCGUCCUUUUGGAGCACGCAGCUAGUUAUUUGAAUACAGCUGGCUUGUUUGAGGCGGUUGAUGAAGUCUACCAAAUCUUGCUUCCAAUCCUAAAAGUUAAUCGGGACUACAAGCGAUUGUCCUGCAUUCACAGGAAACUUUGCGAAGCCUAUGAACGCAUCGAUCAGCUGCAAGGGAAGCGCAUUUUUGGCACUUACUUCAGAGUCGGUUUCUACGGGUCCAAAUUUGGUGAUUUGAAUGGUGUCGAGUUCAUUUACAAAGAACCAUCCCUCACGAAAUUGCACGAAAUCUUCAGUAGAUUGGAGAAUUUCUAUAGUGAACGAUUCGGGCCAGAAAAUGUCGUGACCAUCAAAGACUCUAACGCUGUAGAUCACGCUGCUCUAGACCCUGACAAGGCGUACAUCCAGAUUACAUACGUCGAGCCAUACUUUGAACCAUUUGAAGUGAAGUACCGGCCGAGUCAGUUUGACAAGAACUACAAUAUAAAGCGUUUCAUCUAUGCUACUCCAUUCACACCUGAUGGACGUGCGCAUGGUGAACUUGGUGAACAAUACAAACGGAAGACGAUUUUAACUACAGCUACUCACUUCCCCUAUGUGAAAACGCGAAUCCAAGUGGUCGAUCGCCGACAGGUGGUCUUGAGUCCGAUAGAGGUAGCCAUUGAAGACAUGCAAAAGAAGACUCACGAAUUGGCUCAAGCUACAAACCAGGAACCGCCAGAUGCGAAAAUGCUGCAAAUGGUGUUGCAGGGCUGCAUCGGCACAACAGUGAACCAGGGUCCAAUGGAGGUGGCCAUUGUGUUCCUUUCAAACCUCACGGACGGCCAUACUAAACCAACGCAGCAGCAGAACAAGCUGCGGCUUUGCUUCAAAGAUUUCUCAAAGAAAUGUGGCGAUGCGCUCAGGAAGAACAAAAACCUGAUUGGACCCGACCAAAGAGAGUACCAAAGGGAGCUGGAGCGAAACCACAAUCGAUUCUGCGAAAGGCUCAUUCCUCUGGUCAACACACUGCCGGCAGACAGCUAUGUCCAUUUUGUCAAGAAAUAAACUUUGCUGUAGUGAUUUAUAUUUUAUCUAUGAUCUCCUCUUUGAUCAAAUAUUUACCACUUUUAUGUGGUAGUAUUAUAACUUGCAUUUUUAGCACAAAAGCACAAAUGUCUUUGGUUUCUCGUCACCAUAUAUUAUUGAACUAUAAGCAUUGAAUUAGAAAUCUGAUAUAAUCAUAGCUUCUGCUUUAAGAUAAUUUAUAGAAAUAAUUCUGUGAUUUCCAAGUUGAAUAAAGAACCAUGCAUGUACUA